UUGUCGGUUUAAAAGGGCGAGGUGAAACGCAACGCUAACACCGGUUAUAACAUCGCUUGGUGCAAAGGUCUUUCCAUGUGCAAGUACAGAUUAUUUGUCAGCAUUUCUGUCGUCAACUUGUAUUUCCAACGUAUGUGCCUAUAACAGAUUCGGAAACAGCCGUACUUGUCGAGAUACAUUAAGUGCUUUGGACGGGAGUAUAUAAAAUCUAUACCUAUUCAGUUAUUAACAGAAGUCAUAUGGUGUGUCUUACUUAGAUCGAUCGGACAAUGACAUCACAAAAAGCAGCCUUGGUCAUUGGUGCCUCGCGUGGUAUUGGUCGACAGAUCGCCUUGACACUUGCAAGAAAUAAUUACGCCGUCGUUAUAGCAUCGAAGACAGAAGACGCCUCUGAAAAGUUACCGGGAUCUAUCAACACCGUUGCCGAGGAGAUUAAGGAAGCUGGCGGGGUGGCUGUUCCGGUAAAAUGUGAUUGCCGAAAUGAAGCCGACGUGGAAAGGGCCGUUAAUGUUGCAACUGAAAGGUUUGGUUGUCUGGACGCAGCUGUGUACAACGCUGGAGCUAUAUUAUGGAAACCGGUUCUAGAGACGCCAAUGAAGCGGUUUGACCUCAUGAUGCACGUGAAUGUUCGUGGCGCGUAUGCAAUGGUGCUAAAUGCCGUACCAAAAAUGAUAAAACAGAAGCACGGACGAAUCGUGCUUGUAGCACCGCCGAUUUAUAACAGGUUUUUCAAGGGGAAAACUCCAUACAGUAUCAGUAAGGUUGGAAUGACAGUACUGGCCAAAGGAAUGGCCAGCGAACUGACUGGCACUGAUGUGAGUAUAAGUACGUUAUGGCCAGCAACUGUGAUCAAAGCUCAUGUAACAGACGUGAUGAACGUGCCGAACUCCCAUAUGAGAACGCCAGAUAUAUUUGCUGAUGCUGUACUGGGUAUAGUUAAUGAACCUACAGAUAAACUAAAUGGCGCAGUGCUACUUGACGAGGAUUAUUUACGUUCCGAGGGCAAAACUGACUUCACACAGUACCAGUGUGAGCCCGGAGUGGAACCACCGAGGAUGAUGCCCAAAAAACUCCCAGACUUAACUGUUGAAGAGGAACAAGAGAACCUUGGUCUAAUUAAUAAAGACAGUAAAUUGUGAUAAUCAAUAAAAUAAAUGUACUUGUGCCAUACUAUACAGUAUCUAGUAAAUGUAAAGGUACUUUUACAGUAACUAUACAAUACUAAGUAAAUGUAAAAGUACUUUUACAGUAACUGUACAAUACUAAGUAAAUGUAAAAGUACUUUUACAGUAACUGUACAAUACUAAGUAAAUGUAAAGGUACUUAUGCAGUAACUAUACAAUACUAAGUAAAUGUAAAGGUACUUAUGCAGUAACUAUACAAUACUAAGUAAAUGUAAAGGUACUUAUGCAGUAACUAUACAAUACUAAGUAAAUGUAAAGGUACUUAUGCAGUAACUAUACAAUACUAAGUAAAUGUAAAGGUACUUAUGCAGUAACUAUACAUAUCCAGUAAAUGUAAAGGUGCUUAUGCAGUAACUAUACAAUACUAAGUAAAUGUAAAGGUACUUAUGCAGUAACUAUACAAUACUAAGUAAAUGUAAAGGUACUUAUGCAGUAACUAUACAAUACUAAGUAAAUGUAAAGGUACUUAUGCAGUAACUAUACAAUAUCAAGGAAAGGUAAGGGUACCUGUACUGUAACUAAAUAUAAAGGUACUUUUGCAGUAACUGUGAAAUAUUCAGUAAAUGUAAAGGUACUUCUGCGGUAACUUCUCAAUACUUAGUAAAUGUUAAGGUAUUUGUGCAGUAACUGUACAAUAUUCAGUAAAUGUAAAGGUACUUCUGCGGUAACUUCUCAAUACUUAGUAAAUGUUAAGGUAUUUGUGCGGUAACUGUACAAUAUUCGGUAAAUGUAAAGGUACU